AUGAAGGCUUCAAUGUUUCUUUUAUUUGCGAUGAUAGUAGUAGUAUCCUGUCGCUCAGACAAGCCCGAUUUAAAGCAACUGAAGGCUGAAGCCGCACGCAAGAAGGCUUGCAUGCAUGACUGUUCCAGUGUCAAAUUUGAACCCAUCUGCGCCGGAAAACAAGGAGAAAAACCAAAAUCAUUCGGAAGCGAAUGUGUCAUGAACAAUUAUAACUGCGAAAACAAAGACACUCUGCAAAAAUUAAGUAAAGGCGAAUGCAAGGGCUCUGAUGGGAUUCGUCUCUCAUAA